AUGGCUCGUGGCCCCACUAGGACCGACUUGGGGUCCCGCCUGCUGCUCCCGCUUCUGCAGCUGCUCCUGGUGCUUCGGGGCUCCGGCUGCAGCCACGCGGGCUCCUCCUGGUCCGCACUGCCAGAGACCACCGACGGCCUGCGGGGGGACAAGGACCCCCAGUACCCCCCUGGGGAAGUGGCAGCCGCGCUGGGCCCGGGCGCCCAGGACAUGGUCGCUGUCCACAUGCUCCGGCUCUAUGACAAAUACAGCAGGCGCGGCGCCCGGCCCGGAGGAGGCAACACUGUCCGCAGCUUCCGCGCCCAGCUGGAAGUGGUCGACCAGAAAGCCGUGUAUUUCUUCAACUUGACCUCCAUGCAGGACUCAGAAAUGAUCCUCACUGCCACCUUCCACUUCUACUCGGAGCCACCACGGUGGCCCCAGCCCCGUGGGAUGUUAUGCAAGCCACGGGCCAAGAAUUCCUCCUGUUGCCUGCUCCCCCCGGGCCCACCAGCCCGCCUGCACUUGAUCUUCCGAAGCCUCUCACAGAACACAGCCACGCAGGGGCUGCUCCGAGGGGCCAUGACCCUGGCUACCCCACCACGGGGACUGUGGCAGGCCAAGGACAUCUCUUCCAUCAUCAAGGCAGCCCGCCGGGAUGGGGAGCUGUUCCUCAGCGUCCAGCUAGAAUCUGAGGAGAAGGACCCUGGGGUGCUGAAGCCCAGCCCCCACGCGCCCUAUAUCCUUGUCUACGCCAACGAUCUGGCCAUCGCCGAGCCCAACAGCGUGGCAGUGACCCUGCAGAGAUAUGACCCCUUCCCAUCUGGAGAAUCUGAGCCCCGCACAGCCCCCAACAGCUCUUCAGAUCCCCGAGUGCGCAGGGCAGCUCAGGCUUCUGGGCCCCUCCAGGACAAUGAGCUGCCUGGGCUGGAUGAGCGGCCAGUGCAUGCCACCCACGGCCAGCAUUACCACAAGCACGAGUUAUGGCCCAACCCUUUUCGGGCACUGAAGCCCCGGGCAGGGCGAAAGGAUCGCAGGAAGAAGGGUCAGGACUCCUUCUCCGCCUCCUCACAGGUGCUGGACUUUGACGAGAAGACCAUGCAGAAAGCCCGGAGACGACAGUGGGAUGAACCUCGGGUCUGUUCCCGGAGGUACCUGAGGGUUGACUUCGCAGACAUCGGAUGGAACGAAUGGAUCAUCUCCCCCAAAUCCUUUGACGCCUACUACUGUGCCGGAGCCUGCGAGUUCCCCAUGCCCAAGAUUGUCCGCCCAUCCAACCAUGCCACCAUCCAGAGCAUUGUCAGAGCUGUGGGCAUUGUUCCCGGAGUUCCAGAGCCUUGCUGUGUCCCAGACAAGAUGAACUCGCUUGGAGUCCUUUUUCUAGAUGAGAACCGGAAUGUCGUUCUGAAGGUGUACCCCAACAUGUCUGUGGAAACCUGUGCCUGUCGGUAA